AUGGACGCUCACGUCCUCGAGGCAGAAGCCGAGAAAAAACCCCAGACGGAGUUAAACCUGGCCCCCGUCGAAGAUGAUUCCUCAAAAUCCCAGCCGACGGGAUUCUUCGCGCGCAUUCGAUAUUACGAGGAGCUGCUGGACCGGAAAUUAGGCAUCGAGUCGCAUAGUCUUGACAGAGUCCCUGCUGAUGAUCGCCACCCUCCGAACUCGCUAGCCAUGGCCUUCAUGUGGGCCUCUGCCACCAUGAACAUCAGUUGUUUCAGUACCGGCUUCCUGGGGAAGCAGUUCGGUUUGUCGUUGGGACAGACGAUUCCGAUUGUCAUUUGCUCGACUUUCUUGGGGGCUUGUGUUACGGGAUGGUGCGCUACCCUGGGCCCUGAGACCGGACUCCGUCAGGUCGCUAUCUCCCGGUACUCACUGGGCUUCUACCCGUCGUCUAUCAUCGCCCUUCUCAAUGUGAUCGAGCAACUGGGCUGGGCCUCGGUGAACUGCAUUACGGGAGGAUUAGCACUGAGCGCCGUAUCUGACGGCCGCGUCUCCAUCGCCGUCGGGGUCGUCAUCGUGGCAUGCAUCAGCUUUGUGUUCAGCUUUGUCGGGCUGAAAGGCGUGCUCCUGUACGAGCAAUACGCCUGGACCGUGUUCUUCGUCAUCUUCAUGAUCAUCUACGGCGAGUCGGCUCAUCGCGCCAACAUCGCCGCGCCGCCCACCGUCUUCGGCCUCGAUAGGUCCGGCAACGUGCUGAGUCUGAUCAGCGUCGUCUACGGGUCCAGCGCGUCGUGGAGUUCCAUCGUCUCGGACUUUUACGUCCAGUAUCCGGUCAAUAUCUCCAAGGUGAAGGUCUUUCUGUAUACAACCCUCGGAAUCACCAUCCCCACGUGUAUCGGCAUGCUGCUCGGCGCUUGUAUUAGCUCCGCAUUGGACACGAACCCGGAAUGGGCUGCUGCGUAUGACGAUGGGAUCGGCGAGAUUCUGAAGAUCAUCAUCUAUCCGCGCGGAUUCGCCAAGUUCCUGCUGGUACUGUUGGUGUUGUCUGGAAUCGGCGUCAACUGCAUCGCCAUCUACUCCGGUGCCCUCUCCGCCCAACUCUUCGCCAAACCCUUCGCCAAAGUGCCCCGCGCACUCUGGUCCACGCUCGUCUUCGCCUGCAUCCUCUGCCUCGGCAUCGCAGGCCGGGACCACCUCCUCGACGUCCUCGAGAACUUCCUCUCGCUGCUCGGCUACUGGAACACCUCGUUCUUCGUGAUCCUGUUUCUCGAACACUACGUCUUCCGCGGCGGCAAGGUCUCCAACUACGAUCUGGACGCGUGGAACACGCCGUCUCGCCUGCCCGUCGGGUACGCGGGCUUCACGGCAUUCUUGUGUGGCGCGGCGGGUUGGAUCGUGGGCAUGGUGGAGACGUAUUAUGUGGGCGUGUUGGCGAGGCAGAUCGGGAGAGAUGGGGGCGAUGUUGCGAAUGAGUUGGCGUUGGUGUUUACGGGCGUGGCGUAUGUGCCAUUGAGGAUGUUGGAGAUGAGGUUUGUUGGGCGGUAG